AUGGGCGGCCACAUGAUUCUCCGCGUGCCACAUCUCGGUGGAAUCGAUGUCGCUUACCAGAUGCCACAUGGCUAUGACCGGAAGAAGCCGACUUUAUUGAUGAUUCAUUCGUUUAUGGCGACCUCUGAUCAGUACCUUCCUCAAUUUGGUGACAAGGAGCUUGCGGACGCCGUGAAUCUCAUCGCGGUGGAGCUACUCGGCCAUGGACAGACACGCACCAAAUGCGAGAACUAUACCUAUUGGGACUCGGCCUACAUGGUGGUCCAGCUUCUUGAUGCCCUGACCAUUAGCAAGUUCUAUGCGCUUGGAACCAGUCAAGGGGGCUGGAUUGCGGCCAGACUCGCCUUGCUUGCUCCCACCAGAGUCCAAGGAAUCAUUCCCCUGGGAACGUCUAUGGACUCCGAAUCGGAACGAUCCCGAAACCUCGGAUGCUGGGACGUAAGACCGAUUGGAGAACCGAUCAUCCAUCAAUUGACCGUUGAGGCUCCGGCCCCUGAUUUUGAGCUCACCGAGCAGUUCUGCAACCUCUUGAUCGACAUGGGAUUUGGAAGGGAAAUCGAUACCACCAUCCGGCAGACUCUGAUCAAGGGGGUUCAGGAGAACUAUCGACAUGAUGAUGGCAGAAAGAGGGCCCGGAUGUCUAUGAUCAAUCUCAGCGAUAGAGACGGUUUGCACGGAAGACUCGCCGAUGUGAUGUGUUCUGUCCUCUGGCUCCACGGUACUUCUGAUCCAGUUUACUCGGUUGCGAACGCCCAAGAGACAAUCAAGCUGUUCACUCAAUCUCCGAAGGCGACUGUCGAAGUGAUCCAGGGUGGCCAGCAUUUCCUAAGUGCCUCCCAUCCUGCUGAAGUGGAUGCGGCAGUGCUUUCGUUCAUCAAAGAAACCCAAUUUGAGCGUCAUGAAGCCCCGCGCGAUCUGCCUCUCGAUGCGCCGUUCAAGCGCCUCAUGCUGCAGAGUCGCUCCUGAUUUUGGGUUAUCACAGAAGAAAUGCCCUUUCCAGUCGCGGGUGCAGAGGGGAGUCAUAGUAGACUGGCUACGGCGUCUCUCGAAUAUAUCUGUAAUGAUGGUUUAGCUGUCUUCUUUUCGCUCGCUUUUUCGUCAUUUCCAUCAUGCUGAAUAUUCUUUUUCACUGUUUUCAUACACAAUACUUAGCAGAAUUCCACACAAUUUUGGGGUCUUUUCACCUUGGCUAUUUCAACACCACCUGCCAAAAGUAGGUAGGCUAAUGCUGAAGCCCAUCUCAGAUCGAGGAAUUUCCUCGACGACGUCCUGUUCAAGUAGUGUAUAGCAAUAGUAACAAGGAUGCCGAUCGCACACGGUGUCAGAGCUUAGCUAUAAU